UCUCUCCAAUGGCGGGUCUUUACACCUCUCUCAGACCCCAGGUACCGUCCUCGGCCUCUUCUGCCACCUCCCUCCACUCCUUCACCUCCAAGCUCCUCCUCCUUUUGACCGUUCUACCCCUCACGCUCGCUUUUUUUGCCUUCAUCCUCCAAUGGCGCGGUGGAGGAGUAGACGAUCCCAUCUCGAGGUGGUCGCCGGAAGAGUCCCACAAGUUCCCCGGCAUGGACAGCUCGCCGUUGGCCACUGUGGGGGCCCACUCUUCUCAGUCAUCAGAUUGUUCCUCGCUUCUGGGACAUGCUAACACGGCGUCCUUUCCUUAUUACAGAGACUGGAAGUUCAAUUUUCAAGCAGAUCUUAAACCCAAGAUAUGCAUUACAACUAGCACGUCUGCUGGCUUGGAGCAGAUUCUGCCAUGGAUGUUCUACCAUAAAGUUAUUGGUGUUACUACUUUUUUUCUAUUUGUGGAGGGGAAGGCAGCUUCUCCUGAUGUAUCAAAAGUCCUUGAAUCAAUUCCUGGAGUAAAAGUAAUAUACAGAACUAAAGAGCUUGAAGAGCAACAAGCUAGGAGCCGGAUCUGGAAUGAAACGUGGCUCUCCAGUUUCUUUUACAAGCCAUGCAAUUACGAGCUGUUUGUUAAACAAUCUCUUAACAUGGAGAUGGCAAUUGUCAUGGCCAGGGAUGCUGGCAUAGAUUGGAUAAUUCAUCUAGACACUGAUGAAUUGUUGCAUCCAGCUGGUGGUCGGGAGUAUUCUUUGAGGCGGUUGCUACUUGAUGUACCUGGGAAUGUUGACAUGGUGAUAUUUCCAAACUAUGAAAGCAGUGUUGAAAGGGAUGACAUCAAGGAACCGUUUACUGAGGUAUCUAUGUUCAAGAAGAACUAUGAUCACCUGACAAAAGAUACAUAUUUUGGCAUGUAUAAAGAGGCGACCCGUGGAAAUCCAAAUUACUUUUUGACGUAUGGCAAUGGGAAAUCUGCUGCUCGAAUCCAAGAUCAUCUUCGUCCCAACGGUGCUCAUAGAUGGCACAAUUAUAUGAAAACUCCCAAUGAGAUCAAAUUGGAAGAAGCUGCUGUUUUGCACUACACAUAUGCCAAGUUCUCAGACUUAACUUCUAGGCGAGAUCGAUGUGGUUGUAAACCAACGAAGGAGGAUGUCAAGCGAUGCUUUAUGUUAGAAUUUGAUAGAUCUGCAUUUAUAAUUGCCUCUACGGCCACAGAAGAGGAGAUGCUAACUUGGUACCGUGAACAUGUUGUGUGGGGUGACAGAACCCUGAAUCUGAAGCUAUUGAGGAAAGGCAUUUUGGCACGCAUAUAUGCACCAAUGGUCAUUAUCCAAGGAUUGCGGGAGGCAGGUGUAUUUAGCACUGUCAUAACAUCUGCCCAAGCAUCUCUCUCAAAGGACAAAUUCUUAGCAUCCAUUGAGAAGAGCAAUUCGACAAGGGCUGUUUCAUCCCAAUCACUUCCUUCCAGAAAGAUUGGUAAAAAUCAUGAUUCUCAGGCAACAGCCAGAAGAAUCUUUGACACUGCAGCUGCAGCAUACCAUGAAGCAGCUAUACCGCCACUAUCUCCUCCAGUUAUGGAUAAUGACCUAAUGAACGAAGCAUGAUAUUACUUCCUGCAGGAUUGCUGCUUCUUUCUUCCCGUAAACAAAUUUGGCUGGAGGUUGCCCUCUCUAUUUGUUAAAGAAGGAAAGAUCUCAGCAAGCAUAUUUGCAGUUGGUACUAGUUCUUGGUUCGGUUGUUUGGCUUUUUCCCGAUCAUUACCCAAGCGGAGGUGUAUAACUUUUUACUGAGAGGGGCAAUUUUAUUUUUUUUUUUGUUUUUUGGGGGAGGGGAAAUGUACGAGGGGGGUUGUCUUACUGGCCCUUUUUGGGGUUUACGAUGUUAAGAUUGACUGGUCAUAUAUGUACAGAAGAAUUAUAGGGAUUGACUGGCAGUAUCAUUUUAACUUGGUGUACUAUUAGAGAAUUUGAUUUGUAUAGUGCCAUUGGAGUUUAUUCUUUCAGUUGGCUCUGUUGCA